AUGCAACACGAGAAGGCGGACAAACAUGAUUGCUCAGGAGAGUAUCGCAUCAAAUGCGGCAACUGUGAGCAGAAAUAUAUCGGUAAAACAGGAAGAAAAAUCGGCCUACAAAUCAAGGAACAUCAAAGACUCUGCAGGAACAUGGAUACGGAAAGAUCCAAAAUAACGGAACACAUUGCACAAACGGGGCACGAAAUCGACUGGAAAUCGCCCUGUUGUGGCAGAUCUAAUGUGGCCUCAUCACACUUGCUAUUCACCCCGACCCCCUAUCUUUUGAUCGGCUGA